AUGGACAGCAUCGAAACCAAAGGAUUGUCCUUCGGUACUGACAUGGUAGGCAUGCCGCCGCCGCCGCCCCCACCUCAACAUCUGUUCGGUUCAGACUCUGAGGAAGACGGUUCCCGUUCUGGCCAAAGCUUGGGUCUUUCCUCCGAUCCAUCACCCAACAACACUGUAGGAGAUCCAGACCCCAUCUCUCUGAGUGAGGACCUUAAGCUCUAUUUGGGACAGAUGAUCCAUAUGGCUCAGCCAUUUGACUUACAUGUCACCUUGUCAGAUCCCAAGCCUAGGGACAAGCUCUUGAGCAAACUUUAUUUGGAUCAAGGGCAAGGAGAUUUCCCAAAGGAAGUGAUACUCUCCACCCUUAGGCUCAAAGUACUUCCAUCUGCUGUUCUGCAAAAUAACCACACAGAGAGCUUGAAUUUAGACCGGAACAAAUUAAAACAUCUCAAUGGGAUUUCAAAGCUCUGCAACCUGAAAACAUUGAUUCUGUCUAAAAAUGAAAUAGCAGACUUUCCAGAGGAAAUCAGGAACUUGGUCCAUCUGGAGAAACUACAACUCAAUCAGAAUCAAAUCCGGAUCAUCCCAGAAGGGGUCUUUUCCUGUUUUCCCAAGCUGAAGCAUCUCCGGUUGAAUAACAACCGCCUAGAUGGCCUUCCCAAAGAUCUGGUUGCCUGCAGUCACACUCUACAAUACCUCAACCUGUCCAACAACUUAUUCCUUGCUAUCCCUCUGGUGGUCUUGGAACUUAAAAGGUUGCAAGAGUUCUAUGUGCAGAAUAAUUUGGUGCGCCAGCUUCCUGUGGAGUUGUUCAAAGAACUGUCACUCCAGAUGUUCAAGGUAAAUGGGAACCCACUGAGGGAACCUCCAUAUGAAGUCUGUGCAGGAGGCAUCAAGCAAAUUAUAAGUUACUUCAACCAGCUGCAGAGGUGUCAAGCUGAAGAGGACAGGAGAGUCAAAACAAUGUUCCUUGGGUCAUCCUUGGCAGGGAAGUCUACCAUUUGCAGAAGCCUUAAAGAAAGCCAAGUUGUUUGUAUACCAGAAGAAGAGAGGACAGUUGGGAUUGAGAUUAGUGAGUUCCAUAUCCAAGAUUUCACCUUUCUUUUUUGGGACUUUGCUGGCCAGUUGGAGUACUAUAUGACUCAUCACGUGUUCAUCACCCCACAGGCACUUGUCAUCUUGGUCAUUAAUUUUCAGCAGUACCAGCUUAGCAAUGACUCUUUCAAAGAACUUGUUGGGUUUUGGAUCAACAACCUCUUUAUGAGAGUGCCAAACUCUGUAGUCCUCCCAGUUGGGACUCACAUAGAUUCCUGUUGUGAGAGGGAGGUAGAAGAGAAGAAACAGGACAUCAUGUGCAAGAUCCAAGGGAUGCUGGAGGAGAGGAGGACCACGCUGGCCCACUUCAUUGCCAACGUGGAGAGCAACGAGGAAUCAGAGUUCUAUGUGGACCAGUGGAAUAGACUGAAAGAAAUGGAGAACUGCAGCCUAACGAUUUUAGAUCUUGUUCCUGUCAAUUGUAUGGAUUACAAGGACAUCAAAACACUCGAAGGUACAAUUUUGGACCAUGUCAAGAAUGAAGAAAUAUUCCCUAACAUUGUCCAAGUACUUCCCCUUGUUUAUAAGCAAGUGGAAGCUGCAAUUGUGGAGAUUGUGGAAAGAAAGGAAGACGUGGCAGAGCAUGGUAUGAUGGAUCGUGGUCUUUUAUACAGUGAGCUUUCUUGCCAAGAUAACCUAACUUUCCUGGAUGAAGAGCUUUUGCAGGACAUCCUGCGAUACCUCCACCGCAUUGGACUAAUUGUAUGGUAUGAAGAGGUCAAGCAGCUGGAAAACACCGUGUUUCUACAUCCAACUAUUUUGAUAACCAUAUUUAAAACUCUUGUCCGGUAUGGUCUGGUGCAGCAGUUGGAAAGCAUUGAUGUGGACAUUUUGAUUGGAGAAUGCGCCACCAUUCGAGACCGGGCCAAUUGGGUGUGGACUUUUAAGGACAAGGCCAUGCUGGGCCAGAAAGCCGUGAGGGCCUUGCUCAAGCACCAGCUCUAUCUGGACGGAAUGAGAGAUGUGUUUGAAGAGAUGGUGGGCAGCAGAUCCCACAAAGGAAAGCUGUUCAGCCUCCUGGAGCACUUUGAGAUCUGCCUGGAAGUCAGAAACACCAAAGGACUGGAUCCAAGAGCUAAAGUGUUUGUGCCUGGGAAAGCAUGGAAAACUCUACAAAGCCAUGAGGAGGCUCACUAUUUAUUUCCUACCUAUCUCAACCAGAGCGCAGAGGUUUCAUCCAGGUGGGGAGAUGAUCACUCAGAUGACCUUCAGAUCCGGGUGUAUUUUUCCCCAGAGAUUCCAGAAGGUUUCUUCCAGAGGCUUACGGUGAAAGCUUGCUGUUUCUUUUCAACUCACUGGGUUGCAAAAGCAAUGUGCCUGUUCAUAAGCAGUGCCAAACCACUACUGAUCAAAGCACACAACCAAAAAGGAUAUAGCUAUAUUGAACUCAGGUGCAGAAAACCAGUGGAGCGGGCAGGAUUCCAAUUGUCCUGGGAUUUCAUCAUGACAAUAAUCUCUAUCAAUCAUAAACUCUUGGAAGAGUGGCCUGGUCUUCAUCUCUGUAUAAAGGCACCAUGUCGGACAGUGUUAUGUCCUGCAGAAUUUGUUUGGCCAGAUGUGGAUGACAGGAACACUGUGUACGUAUCAUAA